ACCGCAGGCAGGCAACAGGCGAUUACCGCAGCGAGCUGUCCGCCGUUCUUAAACGGUCCAAGGUGGAAAGCAAAGCUCGGAUAACCGACGAGUAGAAAGUCGGCGGUACGAUACCGGUUAAGUUCCCAAACCCGGCGAGCAAUGCCUUCAAUCCAAGCUUAACCUAUUAUAUGAUACCCACAAUCCGUCACCUGAAAUUUGUCACCCUCGAAGGAGCUAGAUGAUGAAGCACGAAUGCGAGACUCAAACAUGAUUGCCGGACCCUUCCGAGUUUCUUCCUUUCUUCAUUUUUUUCCCCCUCUCUGUUCCUUCCUACCUCCUCCCCCUACAACGCGGCAGCGCGCACAGCUUGAAGCAGCAGCGGUAUAGCGACAACCCCAACGGAGGGUCGCAACAAGGUACUGUACUGUACCGGUAGGAGAACAAGAGAGAGAGGGAAAGCCGCGGUUGCAAGAGUUGGUAUCACGCUGUUAAGGAAGCUCGGUUACUCGGCGGUAUGUGUGAUCGAUGUUCGGGAGGGAGGGAGGCUCCAUGCCUCAGCCCUUCCUUUUCAGCUUUGCGCUGCUCCCUUGCGGUUUGGGAAUUGAAACACAGCCCCUUCAACCUUUCUUUUUUCCCUCGCUCAUUUGUUCACUCCCGGGGAAAAUAAAAGAAUAAUGACGAUAAUAAGUAAAUAAACCCCGAUUUCGACAAGCGCGAUCAGCACAUGCAGCGUAUUUAUAGCCACAGGUCAUCUCUCUCGGGAGAAACUCUUAGUGAUGCCUGCUAUUGGGCGCUUUUCGGGGUUGGGUUGAGGGCUAUAUUUCAUUUGUUCUGGUCUUGGGAAGCGAGGGGCGGCUUUUGCACAUUUCUGGGUGGGUUCGCUGCUUGAUCUGGAGGCCCUUCAUAGCGGUGUCUCUCUUGAUUUGGCUCGGGGUGUGUGGGUGGGAAGGGCUGUGGGUGGUGGAGGUCACGGUUUGUUUUAAUUUUUUUUGCUUUUACUUCGUUAAUUGAGAGUUGAGUUGCUCCCGCUGUGACAGUCUAGCUUUUAUCGUGGUUUCCCCCCCCCUCUCUCCCACCGCUUGGGGAGAAGAGGAUGGGCCGACAGUUGGGAGAGAUUACUGUACUGUACCGCAGCUGUAGGGUCGCAGAGCGUCCAGUGAGGGUGUGUGUACCGGUACGUUUGUGUCAUGGUAAGGAAGAUCAACGAUACUAUGGACUGAGCCAUGAUAAGUGAAGCCUGUUUCUGCUUGACUGCUUGACUUCUCCCUUCUUGACCCCGGCGGUUCUACCGGUAUUGUUUCCUCUCCUUCUCCCUGCCUCUCUCUCUCUUGCUCUCUCUCUCUCCCUCCCCUCCCUCUCCUCUCCUCUUUGUCUCUCUCGUUUAUCGUUCUUCAGGAAUUCGAUCCCUUCAUACCUGUACCGUAAUAGCACAAGUAACCUUUUUCCUUCUUUCCUUUUUUUUUCUUUUUUCUUGCCCUUUCCGUAUUGCUGUAACUGUACUGGUAACCCUAUCUCCAAACGUCUCCCUCCAUCACACACUCUCUCCCUUAGCAUUAGCCUCAAUCCUCAAGCACCGUACCGGUACCGUACACUCUCUCUCACUUACCCUCUCUCCCUUCCACCUCUUACGCCCCCUCUGGCUCUACAGCUACCACCCCGGUCACUCAUUGCCGGCCCCUUCCUUCAAAACUCUACCCCCUCCCAAUCCGUUCAUCAUCAGCAGGCCUGUCAGAAACCGAUCCAGCUCAUUCUCACACCAAGCAACCUCCCCCUCACGAACACUUUCUCUACCUCACCUCACCUAACCUAAACUCGUGUUUCCCGACCGGAGCGCCACAUAGGUAUCCUCUCGGCUCUUUCCUCUUCUUCCCUUCUCCUCCACGCUCCCUUGUGUCCUUCGUUCAAUCUCCCUUCUCGUCCCUCGCUAGCACCUGAUCCCCACACAUUCUCCCUUCCUGUUUUUCUUUGUGCUUGUUUCGUCUCUUCCGAUUGUUGUGUCUUGCCAACACAAACAAUAGGGGAUAAGUUCUAGGGAUAAAAAUAAAACUCUCCACCGCGACAGGAGGAAGGGAGGCAGCUCGACCAGCGCCUUUGGAUAACGAGAAAGGGACGGUCGAUCGGAAACGGGUUGGAGAAAAAAUAAAUCCAGCCAAGGGUUACGACGACUUCGCUCUGAAGGUCCGGCUCUUCAGUGUCUCUUUGUUCGUUCACAUUUCAGCCCUCGUUAACAUUCGAUAAAGCCGUCAAAAUUCCCUACGACAGCAGCAGAAAUUCCCUCCUCGGAGGUGGACUAAUACCCCAGACGCGAUCAAGGAUGAUCUACCGACCCACCUCAUUAUGGAGCUGGAGUUUCCUCCUCCUUGCGGUCGUUCAAUCAUGUGCUGUGUUGGGCUUUGAAGGGUGCGCUUUUCCUCCAACUUCCACUACUACUGGCGACUACUGCCUCGCUAGCGCCCUUUUUUUUUUUUCCUCUUUAAGCGAUUUGAUGGUCCCUGAAGCUAAUACCCGAGGCCCUUUGGGAUAGUUAUAUAUUCGCUGCCUUCCAGAACAACCUGCACCAGGACUAUAUCAACAGAAAGGGAACCCCCUUUGAACAAGCGCAGACACGGACCAUCCCAACGUAAGUUUGCUGCACCUAUCGGUACCUAUCUUUUAGCGAUAAAGGAUCGCGAUACAGAAAUGUGUCUAACCGAUGUUUGUUCUAUAGAUACCUGACCCUCUUCAUCUUCGGGCAUUUAUUCCUCGUGGUUCUUUGCUAUGAUGCGCUUAGAUUGAAGAACACCAUUCAGGUCAUUGGCAUUUGCAUCUUCAAUGCUGCACUGCUUGUCUAUGCUGCUAUCCAGAUGGAUCAGAUUCACGAUGCCAAUACUUUCUUGACGAGGCUUAACAUUGGACCUGACCCAAACGCUACGGGUAUUAAGAGGAAUAUCUGGCCAGUGAUUCAACCGUCUUUGAUUGCAAUUCCCUGCGUAAUCGCCUUGUCGACUGUAUUGAUGUGCGUUAUUUGUUGGAAGCUGUAUGACGAAUUUGCAUGGACCAUCUACAAGCAUAUUUCUGCGGAUUUGAAAAUGAAGGAGAGAUAUCUCAAGUUCCAGGUACGUCAUUCCUGAUUGAAGCCCACUUCUUCGGGGGGGCCCCCGUGUUGACCCUUGUUGCAUAUAGAUCUUCAUUGCUCUUCUCAAGUUUGAUUUCUUCUUCUUUGUUGGAUUCACUGUCCAGUUUAUCGUCAUUGUCGCCUCUACAACGGGCUAUCUCGAAAUAGGAGGCUCUACGUUUGGAAAUACCAACAAAGACUAUGAAUUCUUCCUCACCAUUGCUGUCCUACCCCUGACCAUCGCUUUCUUGGUUCUCGCUGCUUGGUGCACAAGGAGAGAGAAGAAGAUUCCCAUGGUGUUCAUCAUUAUCAUCUUCUUUGCCGCGCUGGCUUACUUCGUCUUCAAGUUGGUCCGGAUGUACCAUGGCAGGUUCGUCGAAAGCUACAAGCCGGCGAGAAGGAGUUUGACCACUUUUGGUGAGUUGCACCGGCGUGAUGUUAAUGGUACUUCCUGACCAUGCAUGGGACAAAUUAUUGACUUUAUACAGCCGUGAUCACACUGAUUCUUAUCAUUUUGACCAUUGCGAACGCCAUCGCCUGCGUUAUGAACUUCAACAAGGGCUUGAAACCCCACAUCACCCGGAGAAAGAUGACGGACGAGGAGGAGAAGCACAGCAUGACUGAAAUGACCAAUCACGCGGCUCAGCCGAUGCCAUCGCGAAUGACGAUUGACUAAAAACCUGGCUUCAACCCCGAUGGCAGUUUUAUGUUCUGUCUUGUCUUUGUCGGCCUCUUGGGAUAGGAGGGCGGUUUUUUAUCUUCCGCGGCAGUCAGUUAUUUUGCUUUUACGGAAUGAUGUGACAAAUCAUAAAUCGUGAGGUUCCCCUGGAACUCUUAUCCUAAUUAACCCACCUAUGGGCUUUCGGAUCGUUUUGAUGUCUUGUAGAGAAAAAAAAUGGUGUAUUUGAGCAGUGUUUUCUUCUAAAUUUUUCUUUGUUCUUUUUUCUCUCCUUCUCUCUCCUUCUUCUCUCUCUCUCUUUUGCUAUUCUACCGGGGUCACUUUUCUGCAUGAAUAAUUUUCACAUGGUGUUUUUUUGUUGCUUUUGUUUCAUGUGUUACUCUUCCGGGAUACCCUCAAGUUUUUGAAAUGGAUUCACUUUCAGGGACACAACGAGACUUUGGAAGGGCAAGGAGGGAUGAUUAUGAGGAGGGUGCAUAUCAUAGUGGGGGGAACCAAGGGAGAGGGGGGGGUGGGGCGCAUGCAGGCCGUUGAUAUUGCGCGGGCUGUAGUGCGGUGAAGCGGGGUUAGGAAAAAAAUCUCCAAAGUUUCGGUGGGGCUUAGUCCAAACCACGCGUCCACUGAGCCACCGAUCUAACUGGGAGAUUGAUUUGAAAAGAAGAAAAAGAAAGUGAGCAACGGCCCCCUUGAUGUUGCGAAGUAAAUACCUACUCGUGGUUUGGAAGCCUUGGGAGGGGUGUUGGAUUCUUUAAGAAAUUUAUUCCAUUUCAUUACAUUUUAUUUUAUUGCCCUUUUCUCGCGGGAGAAACAUCCCUCUUUCCAAAGCGCGUAAGGGAAUUGGGGUGGGAUGGGAUGGAAUUAGUGUAGCUGUUCUCACGAGUUUCCUUUGCGUUUUCGUUUGCGUCUCUCUGCUGUGCCUUAACUUUUUAUUUUAUUUUUUAUACCUUACUUACCGCCCUUUAUAACUCUUCUCAUGGACAGCCUUUUUUAUAUAAUACCAUAUUAUAUUUAUAUAUAUACAUAUAUAUGCCGAUUUCUCUAGC